AAACCAAGAAGACAAACACAAACUCUAAGACUAACAACAAUGGAGAGUAACAACGAGAACAAGAAAGUUUCAAGACAAUCAUCAUCCUUCAGACUACGAAGCCCAAGCCUAAACGCACUUCGUCUCCAACGAAUCUUCGACUUAUUCGACAAAAACGGCGACGGAUUCAUAACCGUUGAAGAGCUAAGCCAAGCUUUAUCACGUCUCGGUCUCAACGCUGAUCUCUCCGAUCUCAAAUCCACCGUUGAAUCCUACAUUCAACCAGGUAACACUGGUCUCAAUUUCGACGAUUUCUCUUCUCUUCACAAAACACUCGACGAUUCUUUCUUCGGUGGAGCUUGUGGAGAAGAGAAUGAAGAUUCUUCUUCCUCCGCCGAGGAUGAAUCGGAUCUCGCAGAGGCGUUUAAGGUUUUCGAUGAGAACGGUGAUGGAUUCAUCUCCGCUAGAGAAUUGCAAGCGGUUCUGAAGAAACUUGGGUUACCUGAAGGUGGAGAAAUGGAGAGAGUGGAGAAGAUGAUCGUUUCCGUUGACCGGAAUCAAGAUGGUCGCGUUGACUUUUUUGAAUUCAAGAACAUGAUGCUUAUGCACGGAAGGUGUUUGACUGAAAUGUCUCUGAGAGAUGUUUAUUCUUGGAAUGCUUUUUUGACGUUUAGAUGUAAAGUUGGGGAUUUGAGGGAAGCGUGUGAGGUGUUUGAUGGAAUGCCUGAGAGAGAUGUUGUGUCGUGGAAUAAUAUGAUUAGUGUGUUGGUGAGGAAGGGGUUUGAGGAGAAGGCUUUGGAUGUUUAUGAGAUGAUGGUUGGUGAUGGGUUUUUGCCUUCUCGGUUCACGUUAGCUAGUGUUUUGAGUGCGUGUAGCAAGGUUUUAGAUAGUUUUAUUGUCAAUGGAUUAGCUCGGGAAAAUAAAGUGUUGGAGGCAGUUCACAUGUUCAGAUUGAUGUGUGAGAAAGGUGUGCAGGUGGAUUCUGUUUGCUUAUCUAAUAUUCUCAGCAUCUCUGUUCCAAGAGAAGGAUGUAAUAGCCUGAGUGUAAUCUAUGACAAUGUGCUCGGGAAACAGAUCCAUAGUCUUGCGUUAAGACUUGGGUUCGUAGGAGAACUUCAUCUGAACAAUUCGUUGCUCGAAAUAUAUGCAAAGAAUAAAGACAUGAGUGGUGCAGAGCUGAUUUUUACUGAGAUGCCUGAAGUGAAUGUUGUCUCUUGGAACAUUAUGAUAGCUGGGUUUGGCCAGGAAUAUCGAAGUGACAAAUCCAUUGAAUAUCUAAAGAGAAUGAGAGAUUCUGGUUUUGAACCAAACGAAGUUACUUGCAUUAGUAUUCUUGGAGUGUGCUUUCGUUCAGGAGAUGUUGAAACCGGUAGGAGAAUAUUCAGUACCAUUCCCCAGCCAAGUGUUAGCGCAUGGAAUGCUAUGCUUUCUGGUUAUUCCAACUAUGAACACUAUGAGGAAGCAAUAAACAAUUUCAGACAAAUGCAGUUUCAGAACCUGAGACCUGACAGUACCACUUUGAGUGUGAUACUAAGUUCGUGUGCGAGAUUGAGAUUUCUGGAAGGAGGGAAACAGAUCCAUGGGGUAGCGAUAAGGACCGAGACUUCUAAGAACAGUCACAUAGUUAGUGGUCUUAUUGCAGUGUACUCGGAAUGCGAGAAAAUGGAGACCUCUGAAUGUAUCUUUGAUGAUUGUAUAAACGAAUUGGAUAUCGCUUGUUGGAACUCAAUGAUCUCUGGUCUUAGACGUAACAUGCUAGACACAAAAGCUCUAAUGCUCUUCAGAAGAAUGCAUCAGACUGGCGUGUUGUUUCCUAAUGAAACUUCAUUUGCUACUGUACUAAGUAGCUGUUCAAAGUUAUGUAGUUUGCUCCAUGGAAGACAGUUUCAUGGACAGGUAGUGAAGAGUGGAUAUGUAAGUGAUUCCUUUGUUGAAACCGCUCUUACCGACAUGUAUUGCAAGUGUGGUGAAAUAGAUUCAGCUCGGCAGUUCUUCGAUACUGUUUUGAGGAAAAACACAGUUAUUUGGAAUGAGAUGAUACAUGGGUAUGCUCAUAAUGGGCGAGGCGAUGAAGCUGUUGAUCUAUACAGAGAGAUGAUAUCAGCAGGAGAGAAACCCGAUGGGAUAACCUUUGUCUCUGUUUUGACUGCUUGCAGCCACUCAGGACUGGUGGAUACAGGGUUUGAGAUACUCAGUUCAAUGCAGAGAGAUCAUGGAAUUGAACCGGAGCUGGAUCAUUACAUCUGUAUAGUUGAUUGUCUUGGAAGAGCUGGUCGUCUUGAAGAUGCAGAGACGCUUGCAGAAGCUACACCAUACAAAAGCAGCUCAGUUCUAUGGGAGAUUCUACUUAGUUCAUGUAGAGUCCAUGGCGAUGUGAGCUUGGCUAGACGAGUUGCAGAGAAACUAAUGCAUCUGGAUCCUCAGAACUCAGCAGCAUAUCUGCUGCUAAGCAACACAUAUAGUUCAGUGAGACAGUGGGAUGACGCUGCAGCUCUGCAAGAAUUAAUGAACAAGAACAGAGUUCAUAAAACUCCAGGUCAUAGCUGGAUCACAUAUGGCAAUGAUUUGGACUCGGGAUUUUGAAAAUAGUGUGUAAAAUUAUGUAGUAAUACACAAUGUAGAUAGAAGUUUAUACCAUCACAUUGAUUAUUAUAAUAUACUCAGAAAGCUCUC